GCUCAGCUGCCGAGGAUGCCCGAGUCCGUAUGCAGGGGGCUGCAUACAAUUUCUACUCCUCUCAUCCAUUCAGUUCCUGUAGUCAGCAAAACAAGCCAGCUCAGACUCCUUCAGCAGGCAUCACCAGCUAAAUCCCAGGGAGCUGUAUCCCUGUGAAAGUAGGGCCGCCAGCAUCAAUGCAGCAGUACUAUAUCUAGGGCUGUCAGAACAAGCGGGUGAGACGGAAGAGAGAGGGACUCGGAAGGGGGAGAGCGAGCGCGCAAGAGAUCGAUUCAUUUGAUAACUUACAGUAAUGGAGAGCCAAGGGGACUGUCAUUCACUGGAUCAAACUUAAAAGACCAAAGUAAACGGCUUUAUCAGAUUGCAGCGGCAGCACAGCUGUAAGGUGGAGACGUGGAAGUAGCGGGGGGAAAAAAGUGAUUUUUUUUUCUCAGAAAAGGUUAAGCUAAAGAGGAUCUGAGUGCUUUGCUCUUACUUUUCCCAGGGCAUCAGGCAGACUUUCUUCAAUCCUUUCCUUGAAUGUCUUCUCUGCAUGAUACUCCACUGCUCGGCAGGUGAACAGACUCAUGGUCGAUGCCAAGGGAAGGAACAUGAAAUGUCUGACUUUCUUCUUGAUGCUUCCAGAGUCAGUGAGAAUCAGGUCAAGUAAGGGGGCCAAGAAGGGCAGCCCCACCAACUCAAAGUUGCCUCCUGUCUGCUAUGAGAUCAUCACCCUGAAAACCAAGAAGAAGAAGAAGAUGGCUGCGGAGAUUUUCCCCACCAAGAAGCCGGCCGCGGCCACCACCGUCCAGCAGUACCAGCAGCAGAACCUCAACAACAAUAACACCAUCCAGGGCUGUAACUGGCAAGGGCUUUACCCCACUAUACGAGAGAGGAAUUCGGUGAUGUUUAACAAUGAGCUGAUGGCAGAUGUUCACUUUGUGGUCGGCCCACCUGGGGGGACUCAGCGACUUCCCGGACACAGAUACGUUCUUGCUGUGGGGAGCUCCGUGUUCCAUGCCAUGUUUUACGGUGAGCUGGCUGAGGACAAAGAUGAGAUCCGAAUCCCGGACGUGGAGCCGCCCUCCUUCCUGGCCAUGCUGAAGUACAUAUAUUGCGAUGAGAUCGAUCUGUGCGCUGACACUGUGCUGGCGACCUUGUACGCUGCCAAGAAGUACAUCGUGCCCCACCUGGCCCGAGCCUGCGUCACCUUCCUGGAGACGAGCCUGAGCGCCAAGAAUGCCUGUGUGCUGCUCUCCCAGAGCUGCCUGUUCGAGGAGCCCGACCUGACGCAGCGCUGCUGGGAGGUCAUCGACGCCCAGGCCGAGCUGGCCCUCAAGUCCGAGGGCUUCUGCGACAUCGACCUGCAGACGCUGGAGAGCAUCCUGCGGCGCGAGACGCUCAACGCCAAGGAGAUCGUGGUGUUCGAGGCGGCGCUGAGCUGGGCGGAGGCCGAGUGCCAGAGGCAGGACCUGCCGCUGUCCAUCGACAACAAGCGCAAGGUCCUGGGCGAGGCCGUGUACCUGAUCCGCAUCCCCACCAUGGCACUGGACGACUUCGCCAACGGCGCCGCCCAGUCCGGCGUGCUCACGCUCAACGAGACCAACGACAUCUUCCUGUGGUACACGGCGGCCAAGAAGCCGGAGCUGCGGUUCGUCAGCAAGCCGCGCAAGGGCCUGGCGCCGCAGCGCUGCCACCGCUUCCAGUCCUGCGCCUACCGCAGCAACCAGUGGCGCUACCGCGGCCGCUGCGACAGCAUCCAGUUCGCCGUGGACAAGCGCGUCUUCAUCGCCGGCUUCGGCCUGUACGGCUCCAGCUGCGGCUCGGCUGAGUACAGCGCCAAGAUCGAGCUCAAGCGCCAGGGCGUCUUGCUGGGCCAGAACCUGAGCAAGUACUUUUCGGACGGGUCCAGCAACACGUUCCCGGUGUGGUUCGAGUACCCGGUGCAGAUCGAGCCGGACACCUUCUACACGGCCAGCGUGGUGCUGGACGGGAACGAGCUCAGCUAUUUCGGACAGGAGGGCAUGACGGAGGUCCAGUGUGGGAAGGUGACCUUCCAGUACCAGUGCUCCUCGGACAGCACCAACGGAACGGGUGUGCAGGGGGGGCAGAUCCCGGAGCUCAUCUUCUAUGCCUGACACUCCAAAGACAGACUGUCUCUCCUUGCCUUUACCCGUUUUUCUUCUGCUCAGAGGUCUUCACUAUUUCACCCCCAUUCCUGCCUGCAUCCUGGGCCGUGCUUGUUUUCAUGUUUUGGUUCCAGUGCAAAUGAAGGUUGGUGCAGGGCCGGCAUUGGUGAAACUCCACUGAACCCAUUUUCCGCAGAAUUGCCAUAAUUGCCACAUUUACUGCCUCUGUUGAAAUGAGCAUGGAUAUAUCCUACGUCUUGCUGUACUAUGCAUUGGUUUGUUUUUUAUGAAUUACAGUUUAACCAAUGAUUAGUCUUAUGCAACACGAUCUGCAGUCAUGCUCAUUCUGUCUAGCAAAAGAGUCUUAAGAAAUAUUUUUAAAAUAAGCUAUUCUUGUACAGCUGUAUUGUCAGAAGGCAUUAAAUGUAUGAGGCG